GGGAACACAAAUGCAACCCGUCAGGGACCGCGCAUGCCCUGGCCCCCCCUCCACAAACCACCCCCACAACGUGCACAUUCGGGCCAGUACGGCCCCAGAGGAAUCGGGUGAGGCCCGAAAGCUGCCUGGCCCACAGAACACAGCCUGCCUCGUAGCAGCGUGGCGGAUGGGGAGCCUGGACCACCCUCUUGCUGCUGGAGCUCACCGUGAGCCUGCAUGGGGAAGCGUGGCCAGCGAGCUCGCUCCGCAAGUGCCACGCUGGUGCAAAGAGUCCGGCGUACACGUCACCCGUUAUAAAGGCUAACGCCAUUAAAAAAACAAAACCAAAAAAAAAAAAAAAAAAAAAAAAAAAAAAAAAAAUCAAACCUUUCUGGUGCUUUAGUCAUGAAGCGGCUGCAGAAAGAAAACCACCAGGUAUGUUCCCGACCCUGACACAAGAGUGUCUCAGUUCGCACGAGCUCUUGGAGCCUUUCUGCUGCGUGUGGUAGCAACUGUCACGUCAGCGACGCCGACUGCAGACUCUACCUAAUAAACGUAGGCAGCAGAUGACAGCUGCUAGCGCAGCGCAAAGGGGUGGCUUUGGCACUCUGCUUUCAAAAGCCAUUUAACAGCAGUAGGUGUCCUUACUAUUUCGGAUGUAUUCGAAGCGCUGCAAUGCUUGGAAACAUCCAGCUCAUUUGCUUGACAGUUCAGGUAGAAAUAAAAGCAUCUUGACAGAAGGUGAAUGAAAAAAAAAAAUAAAAAUCUCACAUUCAUUUUUCUAGGAACUACAUCUAGUCGUGAUUUAAGGGCAUCUUAAAUAGAAAACAGAAGGGAUGAAAAGGCAAUAGAAUAGCUAAGUGAGAUUCUGCAUGAAAAUGGGGCAAGUGCAAAUUUGUUAUCAUGUGCCAGCAAAGUGGUUCCUCCAGCUGCAGAGUGUCUAGCUGCGAGGACAAAAUAGAAUCCCACUACAGGUGAGAAACUUGGACUGGGAAAUUAAGAGACUAAGAUGCCAUAAUUGGUAUCUUAGGAGCUGUAUGAAUUAAAUAACCUUUCAGCACUGCGCAGCACACAUUUUCACAGUGUCUGAGAAAGCACCAGAUUGUAUCAGCCUUCAGUGGCAGAACUCGGCUUCUUCAAAGCUCCUGUCCACUAACCACAGAUACUUGCUGGCAUUUGCCUGGCUGAAUGAAAUAGCCUACAUGAGACUCAUGCAGGUGAAUCAUCCAUACAAACCUGAAUCACUACCUCACGCUCUGGAUUUAAAUUUAAAACAGACAAAAGAUCUUUUCCGGCCUCGUUGGGGCGCCCUGCUGAUAUAACAAGCCAUCAGAAGAGACAGAAGGGAGAGCACCAAGAGAAGGAACGGUCUGAUUCAAGAUGGGCUACAAGUCGCUAUUCACGUUGACAGUUCUCAGGCAAUCUGGGCGCCUCUGAGGGAGCUGCUUUCUCCUCAGGCAGAGUGUGGGCCGAUGCCUGCCACUCCACACACCUACUUCCUGCAAUCCUGGCAAUUACCAAUAGUGUAAAACCCAGUUUCUGACGUGGCUGACUCAGCAAGGGCUUGGCUCAAAACAAAUACGUACGCACAAGGAACGGCAGCCUGGGAAGCAGUGACAGGAGGCACAAGAAGAGAAGGAGGCAUGGGGGAUUUUUAGCUUUCCGGGUCCCACCUGGCUGAAUCAUCCCUGGACCUGCUUCUCCCAACAUCCCAGCACCCUGGUGAACGCAGCAGUCACAGUUCUGCAAGUGCUUCAGCAGUUUCUCCUCUCCGCCUGUUGGACUCCACUGCUGCUCUGACACCGUCUACAGGAACAGGGAAGGAAGAGGGUGUUCCUGUUGUGUGGCUUGCUGCUGAUCCUGCGGCUUCAGUCCAACAUCAGACUGCAGAAAGCCAGCAGUUUCCUCCUCCUCGCUGCCUUUCAUCGGCAUGGAUACUUGGCGGAGAGGGUCCAUUAAGUCCACAACGUUCUUCAGACGUUUCUCACUCCGGAGACACAAAAAGCUGAGCAACCAAGUCAUCAUCUUGAAUCAGAACAGCCACACUCUGGACAGUGAGGGACAGUGCCAGAAGAGGGAAUGCUUGAGGGAUCUGAAGGACAAGUCUGAUUACCUGUCAUGUCAGAGUGAGCAAAACCUAGCCAAAGCACAAGCACCCCCCAAGCCUCCCCGGCUGUACCUGGACAGUUCUAGCUGCCCUAACAUCAUCGAUCACACUGAUUCUCACUCUGACAUCUCCUUUUCUGGUGCUACUCAUCAAUACCACAAAGCCACUCAAACUCAGUUCCACAAGGACCAGGCUACAGACUGCGGGACCUCAGAGGCAGGUUCCCAGAACGGCACCACUCUUUCUGACCUGUCCGAUCCCUUCCUGUCCUUCAAAGUGGAUUUGGGGCUAUCACUUCUCGAGGAUGUUCUGCAGACCCUCAGGAAACAGAACCCAAGAGAUUACACCAUUUGAAGGUAUUUAUCAUUUAACAUAUCACAUUUACGUACUGCCGCUGGCAGUUUCUCUAAUCCUAGGGGGAGGAAGGAUACUGCAGCAUUCCUGUUGUGCGCGGCCCUUUUGUUGUUCUCGCCUUAUCCACCACAGACUGUCCCUGUCCUUGCCCAGGAGUCCUUCGGAGCAGAGCUCAUGGGCUCCGUGCUCAGAUGAGAGCACUGUCUGCUGGAACCUCGUGGGCAAGUUUCCAUUCUCCAUACUGGGAAUUUCCCACUCCUGACUGUGCAUCUCCUCCCCGGGGAAGAAUGGCAUUGUUUGGCAAAAGACUGGUUAUUUUGGGGAUGUGGCUGUGACACUGCAGAACACAGACAGAAAGGGAUAUGGCAUACAUCAUCUGUGGAUAUGCAGGCAGCUUGCAAGGAGACAGUAGCAUUGCAUCUCAAACCCAUAGCUAUGGCAAGGGUCAAGAGACAGAAACUGGUGUUUCUUCUCCCACCGUGUCUGGAUGUGAAAAAAUCAAAUCCAUUCCUUCUUUUUUUGUUUCUUGUGGGUUUCUUUUCCCCUAACUCAAGUGCAGUUGGCACUCCAAGACUAGAAACAGGUAAGCAUCCACACCGGCUCGUAAUACAGCAACAGCAGUCCAUUUAUCCUACUAGCAGGAGAAGAAAUUUCUCUAGAUACUGCUGCUUGAAGCAUGCACUGAUCUAUCAGCUGUACAGAUAUGGAAGAAUAAAUGUAUCUGUGACUGGAA